GUGCACACGCCGACUGUCCCAUUGAGUUGAGCCCCCCCAGGGUUGCGGUGAGAUAUGGAGACCCAGUCUCAGUCAACUGCAGCAUGCAUGCAAGUGUGCCUGAGAGUAUGUUUGACGGAAUGGGCUGGGAGGCUCCAGGAGGCACAGGGAUAGUGAAGAAUGUCAGAAGUUUGAAUUGGACUCCGAAGACGCUAACUGAAUGGGACAUCAGACCCCAAUGCUACUUCAACCCAUUAAAUGAUAGUCUUAAACAGUGCUUCAAAGACCUAAUAAUUGUAAUUUACACAUUCCCAGAGACCAUCCGUAUCAGCUCCAGCAGUGGCUCAGAUGGUGUGAUGAAGGAAAAGGAGGACUAUAACAUCACUUGUGACAUCCACAAUAUAGCCCCUGUUCAAAAUCUCACUGUAAAGUGGUACAAAGGAGAUGUCAUUGUCCGAACAGACACUUUUGACAAUCCCAGUAAGAAACCAGUGAAUCAGUCAUCUGUCCUCAACUUUACACCAACUAGACAAGACGACAGAGUCACAUUCAGAUGCAAGGCACAUUUGAACCUGGGGCCAGAAGAGCCACAAUAUAAUGUAUCUUCACAAGAGUAUAAUAUCACAGUUCACUUUGGACCAGAUGUACGAUGUUCCAGUUCUGCAUUACUGGAAGGGGAAACUUUGGAGAAGCUAUGCAAUGUGACAGGAAAUCCCAAACCAAUUGUCAAAUGGCUGAAAGACAAAAAGCUCACAGACCCGACCGUCCCUCUGAGUAGGGAGAAUGCAGGGCUGUACACCAUUGAAGCUAAUGGCUUGUCAUCCAUCCAAAAGGAACUCCUGGUUACUGUACUGUAUGGACCAGAGUUGAUGUGUCCAAGCACUUACACUGGAAUGGAAUACGCUCCUCACAACUUCACCUGCAUUGUUAAGGGCUAUCCUAAACCUAUGACAGUCUGGUACAAAGAUGGUGAGAAGGUGGAGGAAUUUCCGGAGAAAUUCACGAGACGUGAUGCAGGGCAGUACUUGAUCACAGCUUCAAACAAUCUGACAAGUGUGAAUGUCACAGUGGAGAUUAAUGUCAUUUACCCACCAUCACAGAUAGUUGAGCUCGAAGAUUCUGAAGUCAACCUUGGUUCUACUGUGUCGCUGAAGUGCUCCUCCACGGGCAACCCACGACCAAAAUAUUUCUGGAAUUAUUACCGGACUGCCAAUGUGAUGGAGGAAAAUGAAGAUGGAGUGUCCCGUCUUAACAUCCGCAAUGCUACUGCAUACAACAUGGGCUCCUACACAUGUCAUGCCACGAAUGACAGAGGAAAUGUCUCUAAAACAGCCAGAGUCACUGUAAAAGGUGCCGAGCAAGAAUGCCCUAUUGAAAUAACUCCAGACAGGAUGGUGAUACAAUACCAAAGCAGAGACCAGAAUGCAACAUGCAAGUCAACAUCCACCGGCUCCAAAAAUCUACAAGAAAUAUACUGGCAGGGUCGGCCAGAUGUCAAAAGCAAAAUUUGGCUUGUUGACACCAAUAAAGGCUGGGACGUAAGGCCUCUUUGUAUUGCAAAUUUUACGGGAAUAGGACAGUGCCAGAAAAAUUUAAACAUCACUCUUUACAAAACUCCAGACAGUGUCUCCAUCCAUCGUGUGGAUAACGUGAGCUCAGUGGUGGUGGAGGAGAGAGAGCUCCAGCUGCAGUGUGACAUUACCAACGUUGCUCCUGCACAACACCUCACUGUGCUGUGGUACCAAGGGAAUGAAACCUUCAAACCACUUGUCACAGGUCCAAUGAAAGUGACUAGCUGCCCGCCUGAGAACAGCACAAACUGUAACGUGAAUGUGAUCCGAUCCCCGGUAAAUGUGUCGUCUACCAUUAGCAUCUCUCUGAACAGAAAGCAUAAGGGAGCGGAGUUGAGAUGUGAGGCUCAUUUGGACCUCGGACCUGAGGGACCACAGCCUCCUCCAAACAUGAUGUCCAGCCCUCUCAACAUCACUGUCUACUAUAAGCCCGUCAUCAAUACCACAAAGCUUCCAAAGACAAUCCCAGUGUUCAGAGGUUAUCCAGAGGAGCUCGUUUGUGAAUCCGAGGGUCACCCACCUCCAAAGAUCCAGUGGCACUACAGCUCAGACAAACAGCCCCAUGUGACUGGAGACACACUCAUUGUGUCCGAAGCAGGCCUCUACAACUGCAGCGCCACCAAUGACGUUGGUUCCGUCUCCCGUGAGGUCGAAGUGAUUUUAAAAGAGGACUACCUUCCCCUCAUAGCUGGAUUUGUGGCUGUCACAGUAGUUGCCAUCUCCAUCAUUUUCGUCUUCAUCUACUCGAUCUACUACAAGAACACCAGGAUGCGCCACUACAGUCUUAAAAACCCCAAACUCAACACCAACAAUGCCAACGUAGCUCACAACGGCUGGGACAUGCAGUUUCCUAUGACCAAACUGUCUUACUGUCACACGACGGUCUCCUUUGGAAAGCAUGUGAGUUCCUCCUGUCUUGAGAUGAGCCCUCCUAGAGUUGUAGUGAGAUUUGGAGACUCGUUCUCAGUCAAAUGCAGCUCAAAAAUCAAGGCAAGCGGAAUGGGCUGGGAGUCUUCAAACGGAGGCAUACCGCUGAGAGAGAAUGCCACUUUUCUUACCUUAAAGGCAACCGCUGUGAAAGAAUGGGACUUAAAUCCAAUAUGCUUUAUCAAUCCCUUUGGCAGUGACAAUACACAGUGUUUAGAAAGACUACCACUCACCAUUUACAAAAUGCCGGACAGUGUGUCGAUGUCUCACCUGAGUCAAAUGGUCCCAAUGGUAGAAGGUCAAACUUACCGCAUGCAGUGUGACAUUGUUAAUGUUGCACCUGUAAGAAACCUUUCUGUGAACUGGCACAAAGGAAAUAAGGUAUUCUAUACUCAGACAUUUGACGAGUCCCAUCAAACUCCAGUCAAUAUGACAUCAGUCUACAAUCUGACCGCCCAUAGAGAUGAUAAUGGUGCUCAGAUCUGGUGUGAAGCAAAGCUGAAAUUUGAGCCAACAGCACCAAAUCCUCCCGCAAUCCAAUCAAAUUCACAUGAAAUGAAUGUACAGUACCCACCAACCUUCACUGGGCCUGCAAAUGAGACGCUGGAACUUCCAGAUCGUAGUAAAAUGAUUUUAAAUUGCACUGCCAGAGGAAACCCAAUGCCAGCAUACAGUUGGCAUGUUCCACAUCCAAUACAACAGUCGAAGGAGGACCAAAAUGAGAAUCAACCUAUUUUGACCCUGUCCAUUCAGCUUCCAGGGACCUAUAACUGUACAGUGGCUAAUAUCCGGGGCACCAAGACCAAAUAUUUCACUGUCAUCAAAGCUACAAGGGAUCAAACAACUUUUGCAGCCUUGGUUGGAGUAUUUGCGGCCCUGGGAGUCCUGCUCCUCAUUGGCGGGGCUUUUUUUGUGACACCUGAAGGCACAUUUUCCUUCAGCAGAGGCGGCUAUCUCAGAGGACAUCCUGCCUCAUCAGGACCUGUAAGGGGGCCCUUUUGUUACAACAUAGUUCCCUGCAGAGUAACCAAGCUUGUCCAAGUUGGAAUUUUCUUUCUCUCGGCCCUCAACGACAGCUCAGUAAAUAACAUGGGGAACAACUUUCUUCAAUGGAUUCUGACGCUUUGCAUGUUUUACUCAGUGUCAGGUGAAGGUUGCUCCCUAAUCCUCAAGCCCUCCAGGGUGGUGGUGGGCUUUGGGGAGCCGGUGUCAGUCAGCUGUGAAGCCGCUCGCCCGGUACGUGUCCUGGGCUGGGAAUCGGCCAUCAGCGCUGCACACACUCAACAGGACCUGUCUGUCCAGUGGAAGGUGGACAGUCUCAUUGAUUGGAUAGAGGAGCCUAUCUGUUAUGGUGUGUUCUUCACAGCUCCGAGACAGUGUGAGGAAAAACUCAACCUGGUUCUUUACAAAACCCCGGAUAGUGUCUCCAUCAGGCCUGUGAACCACACUGGCCCCAUGGUGGAAGGGAAAGAGUACCAGUUACUCUGCGAGGUUCAGAAUAUUGCUCCUGUUCAGUACCUCACUCUGAGGUGGUACAAAGGGCAGACUGAGGUUUAUAACCACUCCUUCUCUGACCUCACAUCUUCCUCGCCCGUUCAAGUGUCCUCUAUCCUCCUGAUCACACCAACCAAAGCUGAGAAUGGAGCACAGUACAGGUGUGCAGCAGUGCUGGAGCUCGGUCCAGAGGGACCACAUCCACCUCCUACUGUGACCUCGGAGCCUCUUAAUGCCUCUGUGUACUUCCCCCCAAUGUUCCUCAGUCCUGAAUCAGAAGUUUUGGACCUUAUAGUGGGUUCUGAAAUGACCUUGAACUGCACUGCCACAGGAAACCCAACACCUGUGUACAGCUGGCAAUCCUCCCAUGCCAUUCUGGCAAGGAUGGAGGAAGAAGCAGUUCUUACCUCGUCCUCGCUUCUCCCAGGGACCUACAUCUGCACUGCCUCCAAUACACUGGAGAAGAAGAGCAAGGAGUUUAUUGUCAAGGCCAAGACCAAAGGUAUUUGAAACAAGAGAUCUUGAGAUGGGAUCAGAUGACCACAUUGGACACACAAGGAGAAUUAAACUAAGGGGAUUUUACUGUUGCAUCUUUGGAGACGGAAAUGACAAUGCAUUCAUGAUUCAACAGAUAUUUAUGAGAAUCUUGGUAUCAGGCAAAAUUAGAUCUCUCUUAAAGAUCUGAAUAAACUAUGUUCGAUAACUGUCAUUUAAUUUUUCACUAUUUUCCCAUUUAACGUGUUCUGUGAGAUAGAUCGGUGGUUUAGUAUAUAAUACACUUUUUGUGCUUUCCAUGUGAUAUCCUGUAUCUAAUUUAUAUUUUUCCUAGACUUAUUUUCCUAUUAAUGAAAUUAUCUUGUAACAUUACAAUUGUGUAGCUAUACUCUUGAUAGCUAUAGCAAUGAUGACUACAUUAUCAUUAAUGCAUCAACUUUAAUACUGAAUGUUAAAGAUCAGCAGGCCACUACUGUAAAUAUGAACA